AUGGCUAUCAUUUUUCGUGUGUUAAGAGCCACCCUCACGGUGACUCUUGCUGUGGCUGGAUUCAUAGUUCUGUUAUCAAUGUACUAUAAGUCACCUCCAUCUCCAAAAUGUCACCCACGCCCGGCUCAGUCAGGGUGGCUGACAAACCAGGCUAAUUUUUCCGGCACGUCAGUGGUUACGGAGCAGCCCAACAGCCCUGCUGUGACAGAAAAUACAGACAAGCCCAUACUGCUGCUGUGGUUCUGGCCUGAGAAUAAAAGCUUUGAUUUUAAAGACUGUAAGACGCUCUUCAAAAUCGACAGCUGCCACCUCACUGAUGAUAGAUCACUGUACUCCAGAGCUCAUGGAGUUUUGGUAUUCCACAGAGCUAUCAAGGAUGACCUCUCCAACCUUCCCCCGUCACCUAGAGCCAGAUUUCAGAGGUGGAUCUGGUUUAACAUGGACCCACCUGCCAGCACGCGCAGGAUAGCAGGCAUUCAAGGCCUUUUUAAUUUAACCAUGAGCUACAGGAAGGAUGCAGAUAUCCACGUUCGUUGGCGCCUGACUCCCAAGAAGAACAUGGAUGAUUUUGUGCUACCGAAGAAGGAGCGCUUGCUUUGUUGGAUUGUGGAUGGCGACGACCUCCACACAAAAUCAGCGGAGGGAUACAGCUACUUCAGAGAGCUUAUAAAACACAUCGAGGUAGAUGUCUAUGACAGAUCCUCUGCUGAGUUCUCGCAGGGUGAGAACUACUUCCUGACUAUCAGCAGCUGCAAAUUCUACCUUUCCUUUGAGGAGUCAACUCACAGAGAUUACAUCACUGAGACGUUCAACGGACCUCUUGCAGCAGGCACUGUGCCGAUAGUUUUGGGCCCGCCGAGAAGGAACUAUGAGGAUUUCGCUCCAGGUACUUCCUUCAUACAUGUAAAUGACUUUCAUGAUGCUGCAACACUGGCUGAGUUCCUUCUGACACUGGAUAAAGAUAAUGAGGCUUAUAUGAGAUACUUUAAUUGGCGGCGAUUCUAUACUGCCAGACGCCAUCCUGUUGAGGAGAAUCACGAGUUUGCACAUGCUAUCUGCCAGGCCUGUCAUCAUGUGGGCUUGAACAGUGUGUACAGAGUUGUACCUGAUCUGUACAAGUGGCUCUUACUGUGA